AUGGUAUGCCAACAUAUAGAGCAAGUGAUGCAGAAUCCGAAAGUCGGAGACGCGGUAGUUAGGGAAUGCAUCACCGUAAGGUACUUGAUUAAGAACUGUGAUGCAAAGAAUAGGUAUUUGAGGGCUAUGCGGUGUUCUGAGUGCUUGCAGAUUAACUGCGGGAAUAGUUUUCUCUGUCUUCAAUGCGGCUUUGUCGGUUGCUGGAACGGCCAGCAUUUUUUGGAGCAUAGUAAGAAGGUUGGGCAUAUAUUCGGUGUGAAUGCGGUGAACGAGCUAUUGUUUUGCUUUAGAUGCUUUAAUUAUAUCGGAGAUAACGAAUUGGUAUGGAUGGAUAUUGUUCCUAAAUACUGGGACGAGGUGCUAUCGCGCAGUUCAGUGCCGGGGAUAGAUCGUCGGGACGGGCUCCAUGGGUUAGUGAACAUGGGCUCUACAUGUUUUAUGAGCAGUGUUGUGCAAACCCUCGUGCACAUUCCGCCAGUUUUACGAGAAUUACUAGGACAAACUCACCAAAGGUACUGUGAUGUACGGGAUGGGAUGGGUUGUAUAUCCUGUGCAAUUGAUGAGGUUGUAUCGAGCCUUUAUGGGUACUUGCACAGUAAAGACAAGCCAGCCUUGACGCCGCCAACUUCUGAGGAAGAGACCAGCGGUAUUUUGAAUCCCGUGCAGUGCUCUCAGCAGGGAUUUAUCAACCUCUUAACAUGUUCCUGGAAGAUCAACAAAAGUUUGGCGGGAUACUCGCAGCAAGAUGCACAUGAGUUCUGGCAAUUCCUGCUUAACCAGCUCCAUGCGGACUACGUGCGCCUCCAUGGGUCUCCCACAAAGCCUACUCCAUGCGGCUGUAUACUCCAUCAAAUGUUCCAGGGUCGACUUGAAUCUAGCAUUGUGUGUGCUGAGUGUAACGACGACAGCAACACGACUGUAGAUCCAAUAAUGGACCUAUCGUUGGGUAUACAUAGCAAGUCUACUUUGAUCGAGUGUUUAGACUCUUUCCACAGGCGUGAGCCUUUAACAGACUACACCUAUCGCUGCAAAAGCUGUCAGUCUACCAGAAGUCCCACGCGGCAACUUACAAUGGCGAAACUACCGCCUGUUCUGAUGCUUCAAUUAAAACGUUUUGAGCACUUAAUGAACGGUACAAGCGUCAAAUUGAAUGAGUACAUAUCCUUUCCACAGCAUCUCAACAUGAAGGAUUAUUGCAAGCCUAUAGAUGAUCAAAAUCCUGUACCAAAUAUGACGUACCGCCUAACUGCUAUUAUCUCGCAUCACGGUUCCGUCGACCAGGGUCACUACACUACCAUUUGCAGGAUAAAUGGCGAUAGAUGGGUGAGAUUUAAUGACUCUAUGGUUACUCUGAUAUCCGAAGAGGAUAUGCUAAAAGAGCAAGCUUAUCUGUUGUGCUACGUCGUCGCUUAA